CCAUACUCGGGAGUCAGUCCAACACGUGUUUUUUGACCAGUGGCCUUUCAAGAAUUAGAUAUUCGUUGCAAUAUUGAUUCAAAUGGAUUCUCCAGCGAUUGGAAUAGAUUUGGGUACAACUUACUCUUGUGUUGGAGUUUUCCAACAUGGUAAAGUUGACAUUAUCGCCAACGAUCAAGGUAACAGAAUCACGCCAAGUUAUGUCGCAUUCACAGAGAUUGAAACGUUGAUCGGAGAUUCCGCAAAAAGUCAGUCAGCAAGGAAUGUGGAUAAUACCGUUUUUCAUGUCAAGAGGCUUAUAGGUCGUAAAUUCGACGAUGUCACGGUUCAGGCCGAUAUGAAGCUAUGGCCUUUUCAGGUUGUUAGUGAUAAGAAUAACAAACCAAAAAUCAAAGUUGAAGUCCAAGGUACUUCUAAAACCUACGCUCCUGAAGAAAUAUCGUCGAUGGUGCUGCGAAAAAUGAAAGAGACUGCCGAAGCUUUCUUGGGUAAAAAUAUAAAAAAUGCUGUAAUCACCGUGCCAGCUUAUUUCAACGAUUCUCAAAGAUCGGCUACAGUUGAUGCGGCCACAAUUGCAGGCUUGAAAGUAUUACGUAUAAUUAAUGAACCUACAGCUGCCGCCAUUGGUUAUGGUCUAGACAAAAAAGAUUCCGGCGAGCAAACAGUAUUGAUUUUCGAUCUCGGUGGUGGAACUUUCGAUGUCUCGAUUCUAACUAUUGAUAACGGUGUUCUUGAAGUGAUCUCAACUGCUGGCGAUACUCAUUUGGGCGGAGAAGAUUUCGACGACAGAAUGGUCAAUCACUUCGUUAAGGAAUUCAAACAGAAAUACAAGAAAAAUAUUGGAGAUAACAAAAAAGCCUUACGUCGCUUACGAACCGCAUGCGAACGAGCAAAGAGAACGUUAUCGUCAGCCACUGUAGCCGCUAUCGAAAUCGAAUCUCUUCAUGAUGGAAUUGAUUUUUAUAGUUCGAUCUCUCGUGCUCGUUUUGAAGAACUAAACGCCGACUACUUUCGAAACGCCAUGGCACUGGUUGAAAAAGCUAUCAAAGAUGCUGAAAUCAGUAAACAACAGAUUCAUCAUGUGGUUUUGGUUGGUGGCUCGUCCCGGAUACCAAAAAUUCAGAAAAUGUUGCAAGAUCUAUUUAGCGGAAAGGAGUUGAACAAAUCGAUUAACCCAGACGAAGCAGUAGCCUAUGGAGCUGCCAUACAAGCUGCCAUACUGAAUGGCGAUCAAUCGAAGAAUGUUCAAGACAUAGUUUUAUUCGACGUUAUACCAUUGUCGCUGGGUGCUGGCGUUGACCGAGAUUUUAAAACAAUGGAAGUGUUCUUUAAACGCAACUCGCCUAUUCCAGCGAGAAUUACUAAAGAAUUCGGUACGAUGGAUGAUAAUCAAACUGCUGUAGGAAUCAAAGUGUACGAAGGUGAAUAUCCCACAACAGAGAAUAAUCAUUUGCUUGGUCAAUUUCUACUUACUGGAAUCCCUCCUGAACCCGCUGGGCAAGUUAAAAUUGAUGUAACUUUCGAAAUAGAUGCUAACGGUAUACUGAACGUAUCCGCUAUCGAGAAAUCGACCGGCAAUAACAACCAAAUUACCAUCGCAUACGAUAACGGUCGUCUUAAUAAGCAUGAAAUUGCACGUAUGAUCAAAGACGCUGAAGAAACGCAUUUAAAAGAAGCGAGACGAAAAGCGGCAUUAGCUGCAAAACAUUCUUUAGAGUCGUACUGUGCCGACGUGAAGAACACUGUUGAAGAAUUGAAAGAUAAAAUUGAAAAAUCCGAUAAAGAAAAAAUUUUGAAAAUAUGCUCAGAAACGGUUCUCUGGUUGGAUUCGGAUCAAUCAGAUAAAAAACAGGUAUUCGAAAGUAAAUUGGAAGAAUUGAAAAAAAUAUUCGAUACGAUCAUUUCGAUAGCCAGGCACCCUUAUAAAACGAACGAUAAAUAUUACGAAAUAUUGAAUCUUUCUAAAAACGCUAACAAAACACAGAUUCAGGUAGCUUUCAGGAAAAUCGGUUCGAAAUAUCAUCCUGAUAAAUAUAAAGGGGACAAGGAAAUUGCGAAUAUGUAUUGGUUAUUUAUUACUAAAGCGAAAAAUGCUCUCAUGAAUCUAGCAAGAGGAAGAAUCUGAAGAAGAGUGCAGAUUGCGCAUAGCCUACAUCAUAAAGAUUUACGAAAUUCAGAAGUUGAGAAAUUCAAGAAUACCUACCUCGUCAUUAUUCUCGGAUGUCAACGCCAUAUUUUCAAUUUUCGUGUUCAAUUCAAAAACCCGUAGAUUUUUUGGAGUAGCUUGUAUUUUAAUGUAUUUCCUGUUGAGAAUAAUUUCAACUUCAUCUUGUCGAAUUUUUUUAUUAACGAUUUCAAAUUACCUAUUAUGACUCAUGUCUUCGUAGAGGUAAAAACGUAAAAUGCUAAAUCAAUAGGUAGUAGGGUAUCGUAUCUGUGAAUUCUGUGAUUGUUAGUUUACAUAUAAGUUACAUUAUUUUUAUUGAGUUUAUUGAGUAGUUUAUUUCUUGUGUAUUACUUAGGUACCUACUAUUUUCCCCCUAAGAUGAAUUUGCUUUUGUAGGUACGUUUUUGUGUUUUUGAAAAGACAGUUGUUCGUAUGAG